GCGAGGUGGAGGGCCCAUAAAACGCAGCUUGCCAGCGCGGAAGCAUGGACGCCACGUGCAAGGAGAUCCUCGAGGAGCUCCUCUCGGUCCAUCACCGCGCGUUCCAGGACAUGGCCGCGGACCACUACAAGCUCGUGGAAGCGCAUAUCGACGUCUUCGGGACGCAUCCCUACACGCAGGAGAGUGCCAAAGCGCUCAACAAGGCUGCGUACGAAGAGCAGCUUCUGCCCGACGUCAUGCUGGACGACCGCCAGUUCUCCAAGGUCGUCCUCGACUUUAUCGACGAGUCGGUCGCGGAGGAUGGCUCGUGCUUGCCGGCGUCGCUGUCCCACCUGCUCGAGCUCGGGGCCACGCACAAGGCGACGCUGCUCCCCACCGACAAGGCGCGCAUCGUCUAUACCAUCGAGCGGUCCUUCGAGGCCAGAGGCCUUAGCGACAGCGACCUCAAGUUGCUCUGCGACGCGUACCAGAAGAAGAUCCCGCUGUUCGUCGAGUGGUGCCGGCCGCCCACUGUCGAGACCGAGGCCCGGUGCGUCACGCUCCUGCUGCAGCUGCUGCUCGCGGGCCCGCCCAUCUUGGCCCAGGACAAGGCGGUCGUGCUGCCGAUGCUCUCCCAACUCGUCCGCGUGCUCACGUCCGAGCCGCUCCGUGCGCUGGCCGAGAAAACGCUUCAGAAGUUUCAGGCCUAAGAUUUACUAUAAGAUUUAAUAUCCCUAUUGCAACCGA